AUGGUCCUAGAGUCCAUACCGAGGCUGGAAAUGCGUAGCAUGGGCGUCUCGUUUUUCGUCGAGGACUGCGCCGAGCCAGAUCAUCAAGUCGACGACGAGGAACUCGCAUGGCGACAGAGGCUGACGGUGAAGAGCAUGGUCAGGGGGGUGCGGAGGUUUACGCUGUCUCCCAGGGGAAGGAAUAUGAAGCAGGUCCAACAGCUUGUUGGCCGUCUUGAUGAAGUGGAGCAGGAGUCACGGUUGGCAUCCGAGAUGUGA